GAGAGUGACAGACAGACAUAGAGCGAGCUGGAGUGGGUGAGAUUCUGAUUGGAUUCAAACGAAAAUAAAAAAAACAAAAAAAAUUGGAAAAAAGAAUAUGAUCGUAAGGGAUCCCUUUUUCGAAAUUUGUUCAAUCUCUAUUUGUCCGCUCUGAGGAUUUUUGGAUUCCUACUCCUUUUUUACCCGUUUAUAGUCGCACAAUAAAAACAAUUUUCAUCUUCCAUCACUCUCUCUCACUUUCUGUGUUCUUAAAGCGAUGUCAAUUCCUCCCACCACCAUCACCGCCACAACACCACUACUCCCUAAUUAGGGCUUCCUGAAAAAAAAAAAAAUAUAUAUAUAUAUAUAUAUAUAUAUAUAUAUCUCUUCUUAUAUUCAGACACACAUUUUCAAAUAAAAAGAAAGAGAGAGAAAAAAACAAAUUGUUGUUUGGUACUUAUGGAUCUGGUUUUAUAGUUCCCCCAAAAGGAUUUUCCAGAGAGGCAGAUAUUUAACAUUUUCCUGAGAAAAUGGCAGCAGCUGAGAAACCCAGCUCCAAAGGCCAAGCAUGGUUUUGUACCAAUGGAUUGCCCAGCGACAUUGAGGUGGAAGUCGACGACAUGACGUUUCAUCUUCACAAGUUUCCUUUGAUGUCGAAAAGUCUCAAAAUCCAUAGCCUGGUAACCGAGCAAGAGAAAAAUCCAAACCCUUCUUCUUCUGGAAUCCGUACUUCUGCGGGCGAUGAGCCGCAAGAAGAAGACGGUGGAGACGAAAUCGAAGAGGUCCAUUGCCAUUUAGCCCUCUCUGACUUCCCCGGUGGCUCAGAGACCUUCGAGUUGGCCGCAAAGUUCUGUUACGGCGUCAAGGUCGAUUUGACCGCUUCCAAUGUCGCUCCUCUCCGCUGCGCCGGAGAGUUUCUGGAGAUGACGGAGGAGUACUCCGAGGACAACCUCAUCUCCAAGACCGAGAGGUUCUUCUCCCAAUAUGUGCUCAAAAGCUUGAAAGAUUCGGUCAAAGCUCUGAAAUCGUGUGAGCGACUGAUGCCUAUGGCGGAGAGCUUGGGCAUUACGGAGAGGUGCAUUGAAUCGAUUGCUUCCAGAGCUUGCGCCGCCGAUCCGAGUCUCUUUGGUUGGCCGGUGAAUGACGGAGUCAAUAGUGUCGGGGAUUCUUCGAAGCAAAUGCUGUGGAAUGGGAUUGGGACCGGUGGAAGAAGAAAAGGCCUUGGCAGAGCCAACAAUAAUGCGGAUUCAUGGUUGGAAGAGCUGGCACUUCUGAGUUUGCCAUUCUUCAAGCGCUUGAUAUUGGCGAUGAGAGCUGGAAAUCUUAGGUCCGAAAUGAUCGAGAACUGUUUGAUGUAUUACGCCAAAAGGUACAUUCCAGGAAUUUCGCGGACGAACAGAAAACCAUCAUCGUCUUCGUCGUCCGUAGCUUCAGAGAGCGAACAGAGAGAGCUGUUGGAGACUAUCAUUACAAAUCUUCCAUUGGAGAAAAGCUCAAACCGAUCCUCAACCGCCACAAGGUUUCUAUUCGGCUUGUUGAGAACGGCGAACAUACUGAACGCUUCGGAAACUAGCAAAGCCGUUUUGGAGAAGAAGAUAGGAUUACAACUUGAACAGGCCACUCUAGACGACCUCUUAAUUCCUAGCUACUCGUAUCUGAACGAGACGCUCUACGACGUGGAUUGCGUGGAGAGGAUCUUAGCCUACUUCUUGAACGGGUUGGAACAGAGAAAUGCAGCCGAAAUCGAAGGUGAGGACCCUGCCGAUGGUGUUAGAUCGCCGGCGUUGAUGCUUGUCGGCAAACUGAUCGACGGUUAUCUAUCGGAGAUCGCCUCCGAUGCCAAUCUAAAGCCCGAAAGGUUCUAUAAUCUUGCAAUGUCUUUACCAGAACAAGCUAGACUCUUCGAUGACGGUCUCUACAGAGCCGUCGAUGUCUAUCUCAAGGCUCAUCCAUGGAUAUCGGAGGCAGAUCGCGACAAGAUCUGCGGCGUAUUGGACUGCCAGAAACUGACGCUGGAGGCGUGCACUCACGCGGCGCAGAAUGAGCGGCUACCACUACGCGCGGUGGUUCAAGUCUUGUUCUUCGAGCAGCUUCAGCUCCGACACGCCAUCGCCGGAACUCUAAUAGCCGCCGAGGGGGCGGCGAUGGAACCGGGAAGGCCGUCGGCGAUGAGACGAGAACGCGGUGAAGAUGAGGAUGAGGAGGAGGAGGAUGUGGCUGGGGUUUCGGCACCAGCUGCGCAGGAUAGCUACGAGAGUAGCAGUCAAACGUGGAAGGCGGCUGUGAGGGAGAAUCAGGUGCUGCGCUUGGACAUGGAUAGCAUGAGGACGCGGGUGCAUCAACUGGAGCGAGAAUGCUCCACCAUGAAGAAGGUGAUCGAGAAGAUUGAUAAAGCGGGCCCACCUGGUGGUGGAACUGGGAGCUGGAAAGGAUCGCUGACCAGGCGGUUCGGCUGCAAGUUCAAGACACAGGUGUGUGAUUCGCAUGAGCAAACGGUCGUAGAUGCUAGAAAAGGACGACACCAUCAUCAUCAGCAAUAGGCCCUCCCUUACACGAUUGUCAUCACUGUUAUUAUUAUUAAUAACAUUGGGCUCUCUGUAUUUUAUUUUCUUUAAAGUUCUCACAUUGUGUAGCUGCCAAUUAAAGAGGGACUCGGAUCUUUUCUAUGUUUUCCGACUUUCAAUCCAAAUUUUACCCUUUUGGCAAUGCUAAUAAGGGACAAAAUAAUAAAUUUAAUUAAUAAAA